AUGACUUCGGAAAGCGGCUCCUUCGUGAAGGGGCUGGUGCUGGGCGGCCUCUUCUGCGCCCUGGUGACGCUGCUGGGGCACGUGCGGCUGGGCGCCGGCCCGCGGCCCCACGAGCACCACCACCUGCAGGCGCCCAACAGGGAGGACGUGCUGAACCUGUCGGAGGGCGAGCGCGCCCAGCUCGGCCGCACCCUGCGCGUCUACUGCCUCAUCCUGGUGCGGCCCAAGGACCUGGGACACUGGGCGGCCGUGAAGGAGACGUGGAGCAAGCACUGCGACCAGGCCGACUUCUUCAGCUCCGAGAAGGUGAAGGUGUUCGACUCCAUCGUCCUCGACGCCAACGACAUGUGGCUGAUGAUGAGGAAAGCUUAUAAAAUAACUUACGAGCGCUAUAAAAAUGAGUUCAACUGGUUCUUCCUUGCGCACCCAACAACAUUUGCCAUUAUUGAAAAUCUCAAGUAUUUCUUGCUGAAAAAAGACCCCUCACAGCCCUUUUAUAUAGGUCACACCGUGAAGUCUGGUGACCUUGAGUACGUGGAUGGCGAUGGAGGAAUCGUCCUAAGCAUCGAAUCACUGAGACGGCUUUCCACCGUUUUUGAGGACACCGACAAGUGCCCAGAGCAGGGCGGUAUGAUCUGGAAACUUUCCGAGGACAAGCAGCUCGCCGUCUGCCUCAAGUACAUGGGAGUGUUUGCCGAAAACGCGGAGGACUCGGAAGGAAAGGACGUCUUCAACACCAAGUCGGUGGGCGCGCUCAUCAAGGAGGCCAUGGCCAGCCAGCCGCAGCAGGUGGUCGAGGGCUGCUGCUCGGACAUGGCCGUCACCUUCAGCGGCCUGGCCCCCAACCACAUGCACGUCAUGAUGUACGGCGUGUACCGCCUGCGGCCCUACGGCCACACGUACAAUGACGCGCUCGUCUUCCUGCCGCCUCCGGGCUCGGACAACGACUGAGGCUCCCCGCAAAGACUUUGCCAUGAAGGGCAGCCCUUCUUGGGACGUGCAGCGGGACAGACCGUCGUGUUUUGUAUCAUGGUACUGGUGAACACUUUUGCACAGUGGUUUGGUAAAGCUUUUCAUUUUAAAAGCGGAAAGGAGAACUUUUUUCUAAGUCUUUUAUACAGAAAUGUUUCUGGCUUUUGACGGUGCUGGACUGAAACGAUGAAGGAGGUGUUAAUGUUUGUGAUAAAGGAAAUUAAAUUUAUAGGGGGGGUGUUUGUAUAUGUAAAUAUUUAUUAAUGAAAACUCAACCAGAGCUUAGUCUACUGUUACAGAUAUAUUUUUGCAAAGUUUUCCUCCUUUGGAUUCUUUCA